CCCGUGACCUAAGCCUCCCGACGCCUCUCCCUUCUCCCCUCUCGCCCGACGUCGCCUCUCCCUCACGCGGCGUGGAGCGUCGACUGCCUUCACCCUUUCUCCAACCGGCGCCGUCUCAUUUCCUCUCCUCCCCUUUCCUCUUCCUCAUAAGUUAGCCCUAAUCUCCACCGAAUCAUCUCCUUCCCUUUCCUCCUCCGAUCGCCAGCCAAUCUGCCAGAAUCCUCUCUAUGCCACACUGCCCUACACGGGCUGAUCUGUGGCCAAGUGCAGGAGAUCGUCGUCACCCUCUUCCAUCGUUGUGGCCGUGAACUCUGGUGCUUGCUAUGUUGCCUUGUUACCAUCGCUCGAUCACCGCCACUUGAUCGAGCCAGUGUCACCAGAUCGUCGGCGCGGGUGGGCGUUCAGGGCUCCAAGGGUAAGCUAGUCUUGAUUGAUCCUUCUUCUCUUGAUCUUUCUCCGACCCGUGCCAUAGUCUCCCCACAUCGCGUCGCCCCUUUCUUCUUUUCGAUCCACCCUACCAGGAGCCAGGGCAAAUCAAGGGUCGAUGCUGUGGCUUUAGACUACAGUGUCGCUAUUCGUUGGUUGCCUAACACAAGUUGUGGUAUAGCUGUCGAUCUCCACUCACUUGGAAUCGGAAGAUCUAAAGUUGCAGCGUUUACACCUUUGUUGAAUCCCGACCAUUAUAGUUAGUCAGCUGAUUUUGGUGGCAAGUGCUUCCGGCUAGAAUUUCUAGCAUUUGCGUUUUCUGGCCGUGGAUCAACAGGAGUGGCUUUGAGUUGAGGACAUUGAUUCGAGACGGGCAUCUCGACGUAGGAUUUCUGUUCAUGAUCGACUGAUAAAGGCAGUGCUAUAUCAAAUGGAGGAGGAACCGAUCAUGGAGAAGGAGGAGGCGGCGGCGGAAGAGGAGGAGCAGGUGCUUCUCCCCGGGUUCCGGUUCCACCCCACCGAUGAGGAGCUGCUCAGCUUCUAUCUCCGGAGGAAGGUGCAGAGGAGAGCCUUCUCCAUCGAUGCCAUUAGGGAGGUCGACAUCUACAAGCACGACCCUUGGGAUCUUCCAAAAGCGAGCUGUGGAGAAGAGAGGGAGUGGUACUUCUUCUGUCUGAGAGGAAGGAAGUACCGGAACAGCAUCCGGCCGAACCGCGUCACCGGUUCAGGUUUCUGGAAGGCGACCGGCAUCGACCGAGCAGUCUACGGUGGCCGCGCCGGCGAUGUCUGCAUCGGCCUCAAGAAAUCGCUAGUUUACUACAGAGGCAGCGCCGGAAAAGGCACCAAGACUGACUGGAUGAUGCACGAGUUUCGUCUUCCUCCUCCCUCCACCACCACCACCACCAACAACAACGACAAUAGCAGCCGCGCUGAUCGUCACUCUUUGCAAGAAGCGGAAAUUUGGACGAUAUGCCGAAUUUUCAAGAGGGCAACGUCGUCUUCCCACAAAACGAGUGAAUCGCCGGCAAAAUUCAACCAGAAAACCAAUAUUGUCUCCAGCGACUCGAGCUCAAAGGCUAGCAGCUUCGAGUCUGAUCUCGGGCCGGCUUCUCCCGGUUAUCCUCAUGAAGAAGACAAAUAUGUCAGCAAUAAUAAUAAUAAUAAAUAUUACGAGCCAAAUAUGAGUGACAAGUGUUAUCAAAACAAUAAUGAAGGGCAAUAUGUGUGCAACAAUUACUCAUUCGAGCAAUUGUCUCCGGCGCCGCCGCCGCACUGUGAGAUAGCGCCGCCGGCGACGACGGCAAGUUGCGAGAUGAACGACUGGUUCAACGAUGGCAACUGGGAUGAGCUCGAGAGGAUAGUGGAGUUAAUGAACGAUCAAAGUGUUGCGUAUGAGUAUCAAUAUUAUUGACAACUUUUUUAUUUUUGGGAAAAGAAUUAUUAUUAGUAAAAUAUUAGUUAAUGGAUAAAGAGAGGAGGAAAAUGUUUUAGUGGUGUUAAUAUUGAUAUAUAACUUUUUUAUUUUUUUUGUCCA